AUGUCCCUCGCACACACCGCUGCAGAGUACAUGCUCUCAGAUGCCCUGUUGCCUGACCGAAGAGGCCCGCACCUCAAGGGACUGCGCCUGGAGCUGCCCAUCGAUCGCAUCAUCAAGUUUGUGACUGUGGGCUUCCCCCUGUUGCUGAUGUCCUUGGCGUUUGCCCAGGAGUUCUCACCUGGUUCUCAGAUCAGUUGUUUUUCUCCCAGUAACUUCACCAUCAGGCAGGCUGGCUAUGUGGACAGUUCCUGUUGGGACUCCCUGGUACAUCACGAAUGGGAUGCUGAUGGAAACUAUAAGACAAAAUCCCUCUGGACCCACAAGGUUCUCCCCUAUUCCCUCUUGGCUCUGGCUGUGCUCAUGUACCUACCAACUCUGCUAUGGAAUUAUGUGGCUGCUCCAUCUCUCAGCUCUGACCUCCUAUUCAUCAUCAGUGAAUUGGACAAAUCUUAUAACCGUUCCAUCCGGCUAGUGCAACAUAUGCUAAAGAUCCGUCAGAAGAGCUCUGACCCUGAUGUUUUCUGGGAUGAGCUGGAGAAGGCUCGGAAAGAACGGUAUUUUGAGUUCCCCCUGCUAGAAAGGUACCUUGCCUGUAAGCAGCGUUCACAUGUCCUGGUGGCUACCUACCUCCUAAGGAAUUCCCUCUUGCUCCUCUUCAUCUCAACUACCUGCCUGUACCUCGGAUACUUCCACCUGAAUAUCUUCUUCCAAGAGGAGUUUAGCUGUUCUAUCAAAAUGGGGCUGCUAAGGGAUGAGAUUCAUGUCCCAGAUCUGAUUACAUGCAGGCUGACCUCUCUUUCCAUCUUCCAGAUGAUCAGCUUCUCCAGUGCAGCAGUGUACCUAAUCCUGGUACCAGUGAUAAUGUACAACCUGACACGACUGUGUCAGUGGGAUAAGCGACUACUAUCUGUCUAUGAGAUGCUACCAGCUUUUGACCUACUCAGCAGAAAAAUGCUGGGCUGCCCCAUCAAUGACCUCAAUGUGAUCCUGCUUUUCCUCCGUGCCAACAUCUCUGAGCUCAUCUCUUUCAGCUGGUUGAGUGUUUUGUGUAUAUUGAAAGACACAACCACUCAGAAGCACCAUAUUGACACAGUGGUAGAUUUUAUGACCUUGUUGGCUGGCUUAGAACCCUCAAAACCUAAACAUCUUACACCCAAGGCAUAUGAUGAUCACCCAUAG